AUGAGGAUCCCCAACGAAAUAUCAGCACAAGGUGCCAGUAGCUGUCAAAAGCCCCAAUUCCCUUUGAAGCUGCAUGCUAUUCUAGAGGAAACUGAAGCCUUUGACCAUCAUGCAAUAAUCUCAUGGCUGCCAAAUGGACUUGGUUUCAAAGUCCAUGAUAAGGAUGCCUUUGAAGAACAGGUCAUGCCGAAGUACUUUAGAACCAACAAGUUCAAGGCGUUUCAACGAAACUUGAAUCUUUGGGGGUUUCAGACACUCACCAGAGACCCUGAUAGGGGUGCCGCCUUUCAUCCUCAUUUCAUCCGAGGAAAGCCAGACGAAUGCAGUCAGAUGGAACGCGUUCGAGUGAAGAAGGAAAUGAAACACAAGAAAGUGAUUCUUACGCCAACAGGAGAGUUGGAGCCACUGUGGUCAUCCUCAUCGCAGUCAUCUUCGCAUGCUUCCUUUCUUCCCGCUUUCCCAACAAGAUCUCAACGCGUCAAUACGGCUAAGGUCAUCAGUGUGACAUCCACUCCUCCACUAGAACCGGGUGUUUCUCCGAAAUGCAUUCCACCCAGUCUCUCACUGCCGCGCAAAGUAAGCUUGCAUAACAGGAACGCAGUAUCAAACAAGUCCUCCUUCCCUUUGAACCUGCAAAACUACUCGGAUACUCCUGUGUCUCCAGAACGAAGCGUGCGACUUGAUCUCUCAUUUCAGCAGCGCUAUCGAGGCUGCUUGCCCGAUUGCAAUGCGGUAUCCAAGAACUCCGUGUCACUGAACGUGCAAGCCUUGCAGGACUACUUUGCCUUGGAGUGCCUACGGGUUGUGUCCACACGUGCCACCCUAUUCUGGGCUGGCAACAGCGGUUCAUCUCUCAUAGAAUAUUGA